UAUUUUCUUCGCAACUAGGCCAAGCCUAAACAUUGUUUGUUCAUGGCGGACAUGUGAGAUAGUGUUCACCGAAAUUACUGUCAUUUUGCGAGCUACAAUUUAGAGUCUAGAUCUCCCAGUUACUUCACUAUUUUCUGUCAUUCUUAAGUAUGGAAUUUGAUAUUGAAGAUGAGAUCAACAGAGAUGACAUUGUCUUUUACUCAGUUUUGUAUUCUACUGUUACAGUUGCCUUUGCAAUGGCUGUUCUUUCAAAGUUCUUAACAAAUGAAUUUCGAUUUGGGUUUCGCUCAUUUCUCACACUUGUUAUUCUAUUCUUGGGUGAACCACUUUGUCAAUUUUUAGUGAAAGGUCCAAGUGGACUUGCUGUUUUCACAUUGCUGUGUUUAGUUAUAUACUCCAUACUCCCUGCAAGCCACUUGCCGGCUCAAAAUAAAUCAGUUCUUAUAACAGGUUGUGACAGUGGCUUUGGUCAUGCCUUAGCUCUUAAACUUGACAGCAUUGGAAUGCAAGUUUUUGCAGGAUGCUUAGAGGAUCAUGGACCUGGUGCAUUGGAGUUGAAAAACAAAUGCUCUAGCAGGUUACAGAUUAUAAAGCUUGACAUUACAAAUCAAAAGGAAAUUGAUUCUGCUCUAACUUAUGUCAGCUCUCAAGUAAAAGAAGGUUUGUGGGGGCUAGUCAACAAUGCUGGGGUUUGUUAUGUUGGAGAGUUGGAAAUGACAUCAGAAAAAGUGCUGCAGAAAGUUAUGGAUGUUAACUUGUUUGGGGCUGUAAGAAUGACAAAAGCUUUCUUGCCAUUGAUUAAAGAAGCUCAUGGACGUGUAGUCAAUGUCUCUAGUCUUCUUGGCAGGGUUUCUUUAGAAGGCUAUGGGGCCUACAGUAUGUCAAAGCAUGCACUGGUUGCCUACACCAACACGUUACGUUUAGAAAUGAAGAAGUGGGGUGUAGAUGUUUCAGUCGUAGAACCUAUGGGUUACAAUACAGGAAACAUGAGGGAAGACAUUUUGCUGAAAAAGAAAGAGGAUGUUUGGGAUUCACUUGAUGAUCAGACAAAAAAGGUGUAUGGAAGAGAGUACUUAGAUGCUGUGUUUACUAAUGUCGAAGCAUCAACAGAGAAGCUGUCUACAGAUCUGACCCCUGUCAUUCGGUGUAUUCGCACUGGCCUGCUCUCCAAAAGACCAAGAGAGAGGUAUUCCUGUGAGACAGGAGCUGAAAUAAUGCUAUGCCUGUAUCCGCUGUUACCUGUGUGGAUUGUGGAUCAUCUUUCAAAAAGUAUUAGUGUUUUGCCCAGGAAUAUCAGCCCUGUUGGUUGUCAAGAGAACAAGUAACUACAAGAUGUUUACUUUCUAAACCUUCAAAUCUAAGUUUCUUUUUUAUGUAAAUUUGACAUUGUUAUAUUUUUUACUAAUUUAACAAUUUUGAGAUGUGCUCAUAUUUUGAUGAAAUAUAAAUGUGCAAUCAGCAUAAUGUUUGCCAAGAUGUAAUAUUUUGUGUUCAAAGUCUUAUAAGUGUCCUUAGCAUUUCUGACCUGUCCGUGAAUUUUUGUUUUAAGUGAUAUUUACCUUCACACAUUUUUCACAUCUACUUUCGUCCCCUUUUUCAUGUGUAAUGGUUAUCUAAACCACUAACUCAGGUUAGCAUGGGGCUUAAGGUAAUCCAUACCAUUAACACUUCUCAACAUUACACCCAGUGUUAAGUUAUCUAUGUUGUUAGAACCCUAAACAUCUUUUACUUAGUCAAAAGCAGUUGUUCUUAACUUGGAUUCAAUCGACUCAUACACCCAGCUCAAUAAUUAUCUUUAAUUUUUCCUAUUAGGGAGGGUUCAGUGAUUUCUCAUAUGAAGCUGGUAGGGCUCGGUUCCCUCAAAAAGGUUAAGAACCACUGGUCUAAACUGUUUUCACUGCUCAACACAUCUUGUUUUAUACUUAUUUCUGUGCUAAGAAUUCUAAAAAUUUCCUGUACAUGCUGUAUAAUAGACAUUUCCAUAAUUUAUUGCUGAGUACUAAUACUAACGCUUAAGUGUUAAUCACUCAAGUAGUUUGAGUAAUAUAGCUCUAGUAAACACCUAGUCAUGCCGUUAGAAUGAGACUUAUCAAAAGCUAACAGUCUUACCUAUGUAUAAAAGAAGUUUUUGAAAUUAACUGUAGAUGAUUUGUUUACUAUUUAUGUAUGAUUUGUGUGAUCUUAAUCAUUUUUUGUUGCAUCAAAGUUGUAAAUAUUUUCAAAGAUAAAAUACAAUAAAUUGUUAAAUAUUGCAUUUUAAAGUUGCUAUUUAUUCUAGCUGAGCAUGUUUACAAAGAAUCUCUGAUUUUUAAUACACUGGUAAUAUUUAUUGCUAAAGGCAUCAUUAUACACUUUAUUUUCAUUCAAUUUCAGCAUUCAAAUUUUCUCAUAGAUAUAUUAACAUAAAUUACAUUAUGAAAAUGAAAUACUUUAUGAACAAAUGUUUGAGCAGUAAUAUUUUUGCUAGCUUUUUGUAACUUUACAUGUGUAAUAGUACAUUGCAUUUAUACACAAGGCAUUGGAAUUGAACUUUGAACUUGCCUGUUUUUUUAUAUGUCUAUUAGUCUUAUUGCUUUUUUUGUGAUGGCUCUGUUAUGGGUUAAUUGUACUCAUGUUUGGAUCUACGGAUUUCUUUACUUUUCUUUUGUUUGAGAUUCAAUUUCGUUAGAAUUUGCAUGCACUUUAUGUUGGCAUAGAUUUUCCAAAUAGGUAUUGUUAGAAUAUAUUUAGUAACAAUUUUAACUAUUGUUUAGCUGUCGGUAGGUAAUUUUUUUUUUGUAUCACCUUAAAGUUCUAUUUACAUUUUCUUCUUGCCUUUAGGAAGUCAAUUUGCCUGUAUCUUGGCUUGGGUUUGUAAACUUUUCAAAAAAGAAUUUCCUUCAGAAGGGGACCAACAUUUUUUACUCAGAAUAUUGGGCAUUUUCUGUACAGUAAUCUUUGCUUAUUUUACAAUUUUUUUAUUUGGAUAUGAUCUCUAGAAGUUGGUGUGAGAUGUUUGUCUUUAUUUUGAUGGACUUGAAAUAUUUUAUGAAAUGAUUUGCAAUUGUUUGCCCUAAUUAAGCCAGAUUUACAAUGUUAAAUUUUUGUUGUUGAAAUAUUAAAUAAGCCUGUGUGAUCUACUGUUUUUGUUUCUUUGUCUCUUUACUUAAAAUUUGAGAAUGUGUUCUAGAAGAAAUAAUUAUAAAAAUCUUCCUGUUUUAGACCAUAGUUUAUUAAUUAUGAAUCUCAAAUAUCUGUUGAUCUGUGCUAUGUAAAUAUAAAGGAUUUUUUAAAUUUGACAGGGGAGGGAGAGUAGCACCAAUAAAGCUGAAAUAUUCUUGCAUAUAAAUUUGAAAAUUUAUUUUUGCUCUUAAAAAUACAUUCCCAAAAUGCAACAUUUAUUUUCUUCAAUUAACUUUCAAUUAA